AGGCUAGAAGAGGAAGCAGACGUUGCUUCUCUCUCCACAGAGAUGGUUGCUGGUGGCCUUCGUCGCCCGUGCUGCUUCUUGGCAUGCGUUGUUGUGCUACUACUCGGGAUCUGCCUCCACGAUGUGGAGGCUUCCAAUAAGAAAAGUGUCAUUCAUAAGAAAGUUGGAGAUACUGUGGAGCUUUCAUCAGAUUUACCGACUGAAGGUGUCACUGAGGCGAAUUGGAGAUAUGGAGAUUUAACAGUUGCAGACAAAAAUGGGGAUGCUUCUAAUAAACAUCAUUUUAAGGACAGAUUAGACUUCAACCAAACAAGCUUUAGCUUAACAGUGAGAAAACUGACGCUUCAAGAUUCAGAUUUCAGUUUUGUUUCAGAGGUGAACUACCAGCAAAGAGCAACAGUCGUCAUCACUCUCCAAGUUCAUGAACCCAUAACUCAGGAGCCUGUUGUGAAAAAAAUCAAUUCCACCCACAAUGCCUUGAAUAAAUCCUGUACAAUUUUGCUGGAGUGCAGCACCUCUUCUGACAGCACUGUCACCUACACAUGGAGUGUGGGGAGCCAAACCCGGACUGGACCCAAACUGCAUCAUGUCUUCAAGGAGGACGAUGGAGAGACCACAUUCACCUGCACAGUUUCCAACUCUGUCAGUGAGGAGUCUGCAUCUGCAAAAUUUGAAUGUAACAAUGAUACUUCCUUACCCGAAAAGCCACAAGAUAAAGGAUCCUUCGCAGGGAUGAAAUUUAUCCUCAUCCUGAGUGUGGCUGGAGGCUGUUGUUUGAUGAUUGUCAUUGGUGUUGGUGUGGCUGUGUACGUUUGCCACUGCAAAGAGAGACAAACUGGCAGUGACAUAAAUGACCUCACUGUGUAUGCUGAUAUCACUGAUGUUGCGAUUGAAGAUAGGACCAUGAAGCCUUGCUCAGUGUAUGAAACCAUUGACAACAGAACCAACACAGCUCCACCUGGGCCCCAAACUGUGUACGACAAGAUCCAGUUCAGUCGUGUGAGGAAACCGUCUGUGUCGCCCUAUCAAGACGUCAUCUAGAUGCUGUGUAGCUUUUUUCAAGCGUUGCUCAGAGCAAGGUGACAAUGUGCAGCACAAGAAAAUUCAAGGAUAAUAUGAUAGAGAAAAUGUGAAAGAGCUUCUUUUUUCUAUUGCAUCAUAGCUUUUUGAGACUGUAAGCUAUACAAUGCCAUUUUAUUUACAUUACUGUACAUUCUGUAAAUACAGAGGUUAUAUUUUUAAAUGUAUUGUUCGUACUCUUGCAUUUACUGUCAACUGUGCAUUAUUGUUACCCAGCUGAGUCGACAGCUAAUAAAGGCCGGAUUUUAAAAUGCU